AUGCCACCAACUCUAUACCUGAUCCGCCACGGGCAAGGCGAGCACAAUGUCAAUAAUUCAAGUCACCUACGCGAUCCAUUGCUAACCGCAACGGGCAAAGACGAAUGCCUUCAACUUCGAGAGGAAUUUCCGUUCUCAAAAGACAUCUCUGCUGUCCUUGCAUCUCCUCUUCAGCGAACCAUUCAAACAGCAGCUUGGGUAUUCGGACCAGAAUUGGAGAAGCGCCAAUUGCUGUUCAUUCUCGUCCCUGGCGCCCAAGAGAUCAGCGGACUUAACUGUAAUCAUGGCUGGGAUGAGGAGCACGUCAAAUUGCAAGCUCCAAAAUUGAUUGCUGAAGCUGCGCCUGGUUUUGAGCUUAGUCGAUUGGAUGCCACUUUAGUCGAUCAAACGUGGAACUCCAAGGCUGGGCUAUAUGCCCACACGCUUUCCGCUAUCCGCAAGCGUGCUGCUGAUUUGCGGAAAUGGCUUUGGAAUCGACCUGAGGAACAUAUUGCUCUGGUGACUCAUGGUGGGUUUUUGCACUAUCUCAUGGAGGACUGGGCUGAUUAUGAUACAGUUCACUGUACUGGUUGGAAAAAUUGCGAAUGGCGAAAGUUCGAAUUCACAGAGGACUCAAAUGGAGAAAACGCUCACUUGAAGGAAACGGGAAACACAAGUUCCAAAGAGGACAGGCCGACAGGUCUGGACGCUCACUUGAUUAGCGAGACUGAGUGA